CCCGUUCUCGCGAGACUCGGCCGGGCCGGCGCGGCGAGGCCGAGGCGUUCCGGGCCCUGCUCGACGGAGCCGCAGCGGGGCCGCGGCCCGGCCGCGAAAUGGCGGAGAGCGACAGGGCGGAGGCCGCGGCUGCCGCGCCGCUGCGGGGGGCCGAGGAGGCCGCCGCCGCCGCCAGCCAGCCGCCGCUUCAGCAGCAGCAGCAACAACAGCAGCAGCCGCUACCACCACCACCACCACAACAGCCGCAGCAGCCGCCGCGGGCUGAGGAGGCGGCGGCGACAGCAACCGAGAGCAGCGGGGGCAGCGCAAAUGGCGUCAAAAUGGAGAAUGAUGAGACAGCAAAAGAAGAGAAAGCACCAGUGAAAGAGAAGUUUGCUGCAAAACCAAAGGCAAUCCCUUCUCUUGGAAACAAGAAUAGAUUCCACCCCUAUGCAAAGGAGAAGAAUGCGGGCAGUGGAGAGAAGAAGGCUGUUAAUCGUAAUCGAGUUUUCAUUAGCAACAUCCCAUAUGACAUGAAAUGGCAGGCUAUUAAAGAUCUUAUGAGAGAGAAAGUUGGUGAGGUUACAUACGUGGAGCUGUUUAAGGAUGCUGAAGGAAAAUCAAGGGGUUGUGGUGUGGUUGAAUUCAAAGAUGAAGAAUUUGUUAAGAAAGCAUUAGAAACUAUGAACAAGUACGAUCUUAAUGGAAGACCCCUGAAUAUUAAAGAGGAUCCUGAAGGUGAACAUGCCCGCAGGGCAUUGCAGCGUGUAGGAGGACAGUUUCCAGGAGGACAAGGACCUGAUAUGGCACCUGGAUUAAUGAAUUUACCACCUUCUAUUGUCAACAAUCCAAACAUUCCUCCUGAGGUUAUCAGUAACUUGCAGGCAGGCAGGCUUGGGUCCACUAUUUUUUGUUGCUAAUGUAAGUUUUAAAAUCUUGACUUUAAAGUUGGCUGGAAGAAACUAAAGGAAGUAUUCAGCAUUGCUGGAACUGUAAAGCGUGCAGACAUCAAAGAAGAUAAAGAUGGCAAGAGUCGAGGAAUGGGAACAGUUACUUUUGAACAAGCAAUUGAAGCUGUUCAAGCAAUAUCUAUGUUCAAUGGACAAUUCCUGUUCGACAGACCCAUGCAUGUAAAAAUGGAUGACAAAUCAGUCCCUCAUGAAGAUUUCCGUGUUGCAGACAGCAAAGGUCCACAAUUACCUCGUGGCCUUGGUGGCAUUGGUAUGGGACUUGGACCAGGCGGACAGCCCAUCAGUGCAACACAGUUGAACAUGGGUGGUGGAAUGGGGAACAUGGGUCCAGGAGGUAUGGGAAUAGAUGGUCCUGGUUUUGGCGGAAUGAAUAGAAUGGGAGGCGGGCUUCCUGGAUUUCGUGGAAUGGAAGGAAUGGCUAAUAUGGGGGGAUUUGGAGUCAACCGAAUGGGAGAAAUGUUCCGUGGUGGAAUGGGAGGAAACAUGGAUAGAGAUUUUGGUCGUAGUGAGAUGCAGUUGAACCGUGGUUUUGGAGAUUCUUUUGGAAGAAUGGGUGGUGCAAUGAUUGGUGUUUUUGCAGGAGGAAUGGGAGCGCCUAGAAUGGGCCCAGUAGGAUCUGGAAUGAGUGGUGGAAUGGGUGGUAUGAACAAUAUGGCUGGAGGAAUGGGAAUGGGCAUGGAUCGGAUGAGUUCUGGUUUUGAUCGAAUGGGACCAGCUAUGGGUGGAGGCCCGGACAGGAACAUGGAUAUAGAUCGAGGAUUUGUGCCUGGCCCAAUGGGAAGUGGAAUGAGAGAGAGACUAGGCUCUAAAGGCAAUCAGAUAUUUGUGAGAAAUCUCCCUUUUGAUUUGACCUGGCAGAAACUGAAGGAGAAAUUCAGUCAGUGUGGUCAUGUAAUGUUUGCAGAAAUAAAAAUGGAGAAUGGAAAAUCAAAGGGCUGUGGAACAGUCAGAUUUGACUCGCCAGAAUCUGCUGAAAAGGCCUGUAGGAUAAUGAACGGCAUAAAAAUCAGUGGCAGAGAAAUUGAUGUACGCUUGGAUCGCAAUGCAUAAUUUAAAACUGUGUGUUCAGGAACAUUCCUAUGUCUGUUUAGCUUCUCUAUCCUAGUAAGUCAUUUUUAGUAACAUUGUAUGCUUACAAAAGCUGUAAAAAGGAACUUUUAAAUCCCACCAGCCUUUAACAGUAUAGUGUUUAAUAUACUGUGAUACUUGUUAACUGAAUCUUACGAUGUUUGGUUUUUAAAGACAAUUUGCCUGAUUUUUGUUGUUUUUUUUGGAGGCACUGAGCACCUGCAGGUCCCGUUAAACUACGGGAACUUUGGAUGCUCAGCGCCUUUGGAAAAUUAGGCCAAGUGUCUCUAGUCAUUCAGUUUAAAUGAAUGGUUAUACUGUUUUUAAUAAAAUAAGCCAUUUUCUCUGUUAAGAUUGCAUAGUGGGAUUUGUUUAGUGUUUUCUGAUUUUUAUUUUUCCCCCCAGUGUGUAUCAACAUUGUAAUGUAAAAACUAGGUGUCUUUUUUCCAGAGAUUUGGUUUUAUAUGCUUGUUGUUGUCAUACUGUAAUUCUUGACUCUAAAGGAAAGGGCUCCAAUUAGGCUGUGAUGUUUCUGUUCUACUUAAUAUUACUUUAAUGCCAUGACUUAGUUCUGUAAAUAAGAUUUAGAGCCCAAUGGGAGUUUUGGAUUUUUUUUUUAAUUUGACUAAAUGAAGAAACUGAUCUUUCUCUUCUGCUUUUAUUUUUUCAUCAGUAUAAUCACUGAUUAAAACUAGUUACCACAGACCCUUGUAGGAUUGUUCCCUAUGAUGCCAAGUUCAUAUAAAAUUGAUAAUACGGUAAAUACUAAGUACAGUACAAGACAAAUUGCUCCCAAUUUUUUAUCUAUUUUCCAGCCAUUCAGGUGAAUUGCCAGAAAAAUAAAAACAACUGAACAGAUGAGAGAAAUGGCUGUGUAUGUCAAACCACUGCUGUUCACUUCUAUGGGUCCUGAUGUAUUUAUGAAGGCAGUUUUUAUAAACCAGGGUAUUCCCAAACAGAGCAUAUCAAAUACGUUGGAUCCUACAAUGUUAGACAUAGCCAUAUCUCCAUUUCCUGUAAAACAAGAAAUACAAAUAAGCCCGCAUAGUUGUGCAGUAUGAAAUUGCCAAACUGUUUUGGAGGAACAGAGUAUCGGUCCUUAACCUCAAAGGGUAAAACACCCUUUUCAGCCUUUUUGUUCUAAGAACUAUAGAUACAAUUCCACAGACCAUAGUUUUGGGUACCGCAAACAUAAAAAUGUCUCCCUAUAUCACCAGCAUCUGCAAAGUUGCACUUAAAAUAAGCUAGACAGGUUAUUCUAAAAUCCACAGUUAUGUUUAAAAUACCAAGACCUACGGUUGUGUUUUGCAGUAAAAAUGUUAACGUGCUUAACAGGAAAUCAAACCAAUCUAGAAUACUUCUCAGAGAGGUUUUUAAAUGUCUGAACCACAGCUUCUUUGGGUAAGCUAUCUUAUUUAUUAGCAGCAAACUAAAAUCUAGAAUCUGGAGCAAAAAUUUUAAAGUCACUCCUUGAAUUUCCAAAAAAGUUAAUUUUUUUUCCAUAGUAGCUUUUAAACAUAUCUAUUGAAAUGAGCCUGAAUACCAAAAGCUUUACCUUUUCGAGCCACCAGCACACUUGCAACUGUAUCUGGUAAGCUUGUUCCUGCUGCAAGUAAUGUGAGACCCAUUACUGACUCUGGAAUUCCCAGUGUUUCACCUGUAGUUGGUAAAUAAUGGUAGAAAACACAAGUAUAGUUUUAGCUUGUUUCAUCCGAAAAAUUUCUUUGGACUUUUCUUGCUGGAGAAAAGAUUAGUAAUCAUACACUAAUUCCAAGAGGAAUCUGCUCACUAGCUUAAUGUGACUAAAUAUAAAGUGACUGAACCAUGAAGUAUUUAAAAACAAGAACAAAGGAAUGUCAUCCUGUUCUUGUUCUUCAGUCAAAUAAAAAGGAACUGUGAUAUAGUAACCAUCUUAUUUUACAACUUUCUCAGAGAAUUGAGAGGAGGGUCUCCACUGUUCAAAAUGGUAUGAAUUAUGAAUUGCUCUUUCAGACACAGCAGAAGUUUGAAUACCUAACAUUUUUGGUUUUGAGCAUCUCAUCAUUAGCGCUUGAACAUGUUUUGGAGCAAUAACUCUUACAAUAAAACAUUCACUCUUUAAAGGGGGAGAAAAAAGCACGUGUGUUUCAUAGGGAGGAGGGUCGUUAAGAUCGUUACUGCAAUACUGUCUCAACUACAUGACUUACACACUUCGUUCCAAUUAGAAAGCUCAAGUUUUUUAGUUCUUUUGCUGAAUUUGGAAGAAGCAUAAUGAAGAAUUGUUAAAUGAUUUAAGUAUGAGUAAUUCUUUAGAAGCACGAUUUUUUUUAGGUAAACACUUUAAGAACAGUUUUAAAUGGCUAUUAGAACAGCAGCCUACCCCUCACCCCUGUUUUUAGUACCGUAUGUGCUGAAAGAGUAUUAGUUUCUAACUUAAAAUACAGUGAUUCAGGUCUUCAAAACUGUUUUAGCUGCCUUUAGUUCUACAUACCAUUCACAACCAUCUACAUGCUGAAGUUCUUGAUACUUCUGUUCAAACCGUUACAUAAUUACAGUUUUUCUUAAACUUUUGUUCACUAAACACUUAAUUUUUUUUUGUUGAAAUCUGAAUUCUUGCUUACAAUGUUUUGGCACCAAUAAGCACAGUUUUCUUAAAAUAAGAAGCGGUAUGCUGUAAGCUAGGUCAGCAAUGAUUGCCUAGUACAUACCAGCUUAGUUUAGAUCAGCCCAGUAAAUUUAUGUUUGAAACUCCCUUUCUGUUCAAAGGGACUAAUGUGAUCCUGUUGUAAACUUUGUACUGGUAUUUCUUUUUUCAUCACUCCUAAUGUAAGAGAUUUGUAGGAUGGAGGGACCAACACGAUCAGCUUUUGUAAACUAAUCUAAGCAAAUGAAGGUGAAAUAUGAAUGAUGCAGCUUUACGCACCCAACAGUAGUUUCUAGCCCUCUAAAGGUUAUGAUAGAAUCUAAACUCAGGUGAAUCUAUUUUUUUUAAGAUAGAUUAAUCUUCUAGUUAAAAUGUAGGGUUGUUUUUUUUUUCUUUUCUUUUUCUGGCAAUUGACCAUAAAGAGAGAAUGGUCUUAUUUUUCUAGCCUUUGUUUCAUUUUGUGUAUCAGUAGCAAUAUCUUGCUAUAGUAAUGAAAAUUUCUUUGCUAGUAACAAAAAGGUGUACUAAAUUAGGUUUGUUAUUGACCAUCAAAAUGUAGUCCCCUGCUAUGAAACACAUUCUCAUAGGCCAUUUAUGCAAUGAUAGAAUAUUUUUGAGUCACCUUUCAUGAAAGAACCUAGACUUGAAUAUAUAUAUGUAUACAUGUGUAAUUUUUAGAGUUUUAAUGUGUAAAUAGAACAUAUUUGAUCUAGAAGUAGUGGGACAAAGACCCCAAAGCUGCUUGUGAUGACUCCUCAACGUGGACUAACACGCUAUUUGAAACUCCAGUGUACCUGCUUUCAUAUGAAUUAGUGUUUUGUCUAGAAGAAUGGCAAUAACUUUCAUGUGGAUCCUGUUUCAAAGGCUUCUAGCAUUCAGACAGUAAACCCUUGCUUUUUAGAUACAAGUGGAAAAAUUUUUGACAAAGGAGUGAACCUGCUGGGUGUUAUAUCCAGAAAUCUAUUAGUAAUUUCUCACUGGUCUACCUUUGUGUAGGUCUGUGUCUGCAGUCAACAUUUAUUGAAUUUAAUUUGAAGACAAUUUAGGAUGCUGAACUAGCAGAAUACUGAGGUAGGAUUGGUGAGCUAUAAUGUGGAAAUGGCAAGCUUUGUGCAAUUUCUUUCCUGUUUAGUGGUUUCUUUUCUGCUUGUUCUUAAAAUUAAAGACUUUUUUUCUUAAGCUGACUGGAGAAACAGUGAAAUGAGGAAACCUUUAAUACUUUAAGAUAUUUUUUAAAAAGUUGUUUUUACACUCUUUCACACCCUUUCCCUCACUUAAAAGCAGUGCUUUUACUGUUUGACUUUAUGAUGCGGAUUUUUAAGAGAUACACACAUACCUGCACACCCAAGAAUAUUUAAUGAAUAUACAACACUAUAUUUAAAAUAAUACAAAAACGUGGGCAUCUUUUUUGGCAGUUCAUUUAAUGCCAAGUCUCUUAUUAUAGUGUUCAAGAAAACUAUAGGUAUAGAAAUAAUGGAUAUUUUUACAAACACCUGAACCUUUAAUUCCAGUCUUAGUGGCUUCCAUGUGUGUCAGACUUUAGCUUGAUGAAUUUAUUGCUGUGUACCUAAUUGUUUCACUUCAUGAAGCAGUUUAAUGAAACUGUCCUGUUAAAUAUAGGCUGUUUUUUGUAGCUUUGUAAACAAAUUCUCUUUCAUGUGAUGAUAAGCAGUCUGAAGCAGCUAAAUUCUAAUGUAGUUUUCAUUAGAUGGAAGGAGGCAAAUGAAGCAGUCAAACAUAAGGGUUUUUUGUUUGUUUGUUCUAAGCAAAAUAUGUGUUGCUAAACUGUUAAUUGUAAAAAAGAAAACUUCACAGAGAAAAAAAUGUGUUUUUUUUUUUUCAGUGGUUUUUCAUUGGCUGCUUCUGUAAAGCAGCAGUAGUUAAGGUACCUACCUGCUAUCGUUAUCAUCCAUACAAGAACGUAAGUUAUUGCAGAAAUCCAUGCUGCUGACAUUAAAAAUGUCACCAUGAACCAGUUCCUCCAAAACCGUCUUCUGCAAUCUGGUGUAGUCAAAUAGAGUAGUGUAAUAAUAGGAAGAGAUAACACCCACAAAAUUCUCUUCAUAUCUGCUUCAGGCAUGGUGAAGACACUUGGAUGAUCUGUUGAGGAAGUAACUAUUUUAAACUGUAGCAUUAUGUUUGAAUCCUUAGUGUACAGUCAUACUAUUUGCUUCUACUUUUGAGAAUACUGGAAAAAGGUUAAAAAAAAUAAUUCUUUGUGACGUUGUAACUGUCGUCUUAUUAGUACCUAUAACACACUUGACUAAACUCUGAAAUCAAAUGUUCUUUAUUACCAUGUCACUAGGAGAGAACCAAGGUGGAUGAAAAAAUUAUUUUUCCUAUAAGGUUUAUGUAAAAUGUUUGCCAAGAUUUAGUACCAGCUGCUGAUUUGUUGAAGUGAAGAGGAAAAGUGAUCUGUGGCCCCAUCAGAGCUAUCGCUUUACUUCUGCUAUAAUGCAUAUUUUGGAUAACAAACUGGCCAUUUGUCGUAAGAAUACAAUAUAAGUACAGAAGCAGCAUGCGUUUCAGCUGAUACUGCGUUUCACAGGCUGAGUUGCUGGGAAGUUUCAAAUGUGCACAGCAACAACUGUCUAUUACUGACACAAAUAAGCAACUCCCCUAGCAUUCCUCUAGUAACUACUAUAAAUAUCACAACAAUAAUUUUACUUAAUGUUAUAUUCCAGGGAAGAAUAAUGAUUUACUUAAGUACUAUGCUAGAGUUCUUUUGUGAACAAAUCUGAAUAAUAUCUCAAACCAUACUCUUUAUUAGAACUGAUGCAAACAGGCAUGUAGUGUUUAAAUUUAAUAAUACUUCUACCUUCAGAGAUUUCAUCAAGCCCAUGCAAGCUUGUUGAAAGUUGAGAAUAGUCCAUCUCAUCUUGAAAAAUACCACUAUCUGUUCUUGACUGCUGACAAAUUAGAGGUCCACUCUCUUCCCUCCAUCCAGCCAAUGGCUGCUGCUCAGCAUUCUCUUCCAUAGCUUUUGUAAAACACGAACAGCAGGGACUGAACCUUUUCAUGAGGCAUUGGUUGAUUUUAAUGUCAAAACACAGUACCAGAAUAUAACACCCAUAUAUUAAUAAUAAGGAAGCACUUUCAUACCUAGAAUGAAAAAAAAAAAAAGAAAAAAAAAGAUUUUACGUAACUUGUAAUAUAUAUAUUAAUAUAUAAAAAUAAACUCAUUAAAAUGGCUGGCAUAAGAAGAGAAAAAAACUUGCAUGAAUUGUGAAAGGCAAAAACAAAAGCAUCUAUUUGCACUUGUAUGGGCAGUGUCAUGGAAGUUAGUAAGUGUCUCCAUGUCUUUCAGUAGUUUGAUUCAUUCCACUCCCCUGCACAAUCUUGUCUGUGCAUUGUAUAGCUGCAUGUUUUCCAGGGGAACUUACUGAACAACUGAUUUGCAAAAUUGAGUCUUCAUAUGAUGGUUAUGGAGAGGUAUAGAACGUGCUAUUCUGAGUGAGAAACUUCAGGAAUAUAGUACUGGACCUGACUGUACUGAGACAACAGGAGUUUCAGUGUUGACUGAGGAGUGUUAGUAUCAGAAGCUCGUGAUCCGCUUCUGAGACAUGUUUUCUUAGUGGUAAUGCUAUUAAAGGAAAGCUUCUAAAAGAAGCAAGCUCUGAAGACUAAUUGCUAUGCCAAAACAGGUAUGAUAGAAAUCCUGAAGUCUGUACAGAGAAACCUAUGCAGAUCACACUUUAUAAAUAUGCAGGGUUUGAAUGUUUAGGUAAUAAUCUUUACAAGCAUUGUGACUUUCUACAUUUUUAAAGCCAACAGGAUGUUUGUUUCUGUUAGUGAAUGGCAGUUCAGGCUACUUGAAGUUUUUUGUUUUGUUUUAACACUGUUUCACUAGUCUCCAGUCAACAUGAACUCAACACUACUCGUGCUCUUACCAGUAAAUUCUGCUGUCAGAUAUCAUCGCAAGGACCGCCGCUACACUAAUUGUAUAUGCCAGGCAGUCUCUAAACAGCGGCCAACAGGAUAGCCUCGAAACCUGCAGAUCACAGAUUCAUUCACAUUUUUUUUUUAAAAUUUGUCUGUAAUACCUUCACUAAGUGCUGUAAAUGCUGCAUCAAUAUGUUGUUUCUAUAUUAUGUACAAAUUUAAGAUUCUUAGGAAUGACUUAAGUAUGAUAUUUAACAAGUUAGUGUUUUUAAAAACUUUCAUAGCAACUUAUCUUAAAACAGAUUACAUGCUGGUUUUGCUACUAAAUAAUAAACUUGACAGUUGUCAUA